AGCAAGAUGUGUUUAGCAUUCUAAUAUUUUCCAUGAUUCUGAGAGUAGCUAUUUGUUCUGCGUUUCCUAAUUACCCUCACUGGGAGUUCCCUGAACACAAUAUAAGCUUAUGGAACAUAUUUAGCCUCAUAGUGUCGUGCUGGUUUGGAAGAACAUUCUUAAGAGAAGAUAAUAUUUUUUUGCUUUAAUAACAAAAAAUCUCAAACUCUUUUUGAACCAUGGAAGUCAUAACUCCAUACAGCACCUAUGAGGACUACUACAAUGCAGUGGGACUUGAGGAAUUUGAACCUUGCAAGAAAACGCAUAUCAGGGAGUUCAGCAAUGCCUUUCUACCUGUAUUCUACUCCAUCACCUGCAUACUGAGUGUCGUUGCUAAUUUAACUCUUUUAAUCAUUUUCAUAAAGUACAAAGCUCUAAGGAAAGUGUUUCCAGCGAACAUGGUCAUUUCGGAUAUUGCUUUUACAUUCACACUUCCAUUCUGGGCAGUGUAUGCCAGUGGUGAAUGGAUCUUUGGUUAUGAUAGCUGUAAAGCUGUAACAUUGGUCUAUACGGUCAGUUUGUAUAGCAGCAAUCUCUUUGUCGCUAGCCUGGGCUUGCAGAGAUUUUUAGACAAUGUGAUGUACGAUAUUAAGAUGUUCAGAAGUCCGAAGAGGAACACUAUCAUGUGCAUUUUGGUGUGGCUUAUUUCAGCUUUGGCUGCAAGCGUUCAUGCUCAUUUUGUGGAGACUCAUGAGUUUGAUAAGCAAAACAUAUGCACAUAUCACUUCGGUAAUAAAGCUGCCUGGAAAAUCUAUGUGAGAUUUCAGAUGAACUUUCUUGGCUUCGUCAUACCAUUCCUAGUGCUUCUGUUUUGUUCCAUCAGACUUCAUUGUUUUGCCAGCGAGAGGACCACUUUCCAGAGACACGUGCCUGCCAAAUUUGAAGCUGGAUUUACUAUCGUGUUUUUUCUCCUCUGGUUCCCCUACAGCGUUGUCAUUUUUCUGCAUACUCUGCAAGACCUUCAAAAAAUCAGGAGACGACUAAAAGGUACAUGCAGCACCACUAGGGAGUAUUUGCUAGAAGAAUCCGAUAGUUCAUCAAGUCAAAAUGGAGCUUUUGAACUGAGGUCAGUUCAGCGAUUUCAAGCCCGUGACCGCAACAACUCCUGGGCAGAGCGCCCUGGUAUCCUCAUACCUGAGGCAACAUAAAAGCCUGAUACAUUUAUUUUGUCUUCUAUAUUUUAGUUUUACCAUUUUUCACUAUAUAAAACUUUGCUGAUUCAUUUUUCAUAUCAUCUUGAUGUUGUAGUUAUAUAAAUGAUAUAUAUACAUAAAAUAUAUUUUAUCCAGUAUAUAUGUGGAAGCAGAUUGUGUCCAACUUUUGUAUUUGCAUGCGAGUUUACAAUGAAAUUUGUUGUUGAGGAUUGAGUUUUAUAAAUAAAAAUCAGUUACUCAUAUAUGAUUUACCAAAAAUGAAGGACAAAGACAGUGCUAUAUCUAAUUAUGUUUUCGGACAACAAAAUAGCUAAACGAUUGCGUGUGCAAACUGUACCACAGUAUUUUUUACAAAAGUAUAUCUAUGCUUGUAAAUAAAUGGUUUUCUUUUUAAAAAAAUCUUGGAUUUGUUUAAAAUUGUGUGCAUAUGCAUUCAUACUUAGCAUUGCAUAUCAACUGACCAAAGUACAAGAAAACAUUUACAAGCACUAUUGUAUUUUUUGGCAAUGAUCUUUAUUUAACUUAAGAAAAUGUACUUUGAAUAAAUACAUAUUUUGGCCAGGA